UUCGUGUUUCAAUGUUACAGAGGCGGUUGAUUUGCUCGAGGAUUUCGAAUACCGUUGUCCAAUCAAACCCCGGACAUAGCCAGAGCAAAUGGAAUGUAAAGCAAGUUACAAAAUCCAACUUCUCAGCGGCACUUGAAGAGAUAAGCAAUUGUAUUUCCGACUCUGAUUUCAUUGCUGUCUCAUUGAAGAAUACCGGAGCCUACUCUGCACCCUGGCAACGUAUUAUGCCUAUUGACACCGCCCACACCGCCUAUCUUAAAGCCAAAUACGCCGCCGAACGGUUUCAGGUCCUUCAGUUCGCCGUUUGCCCCUUUUCCAUAAAGGGUUCCAAGCUCAUCGUGCACCCAUACAACUUUCAUUUGUUCCCUCGUGAUGAGUUAAAAAUAGGGAUGCCAUCUUAUAGUUUCUCUUGUCAAUCAUCAUACUUGACCUCUAUGGCUCAAGAAGGUUUUGAUUUCAAUGCCUGCAUAUAUGAUGGCAUAUCAUAUUUAUCCAAAUCACAAGAAUCAGCUGCAGUAGAUAGAAUUGGAAAUGCAUCACCUAUAAUCUGUACAGUUCAAACUCCAUCAGGAUAUACAGUUGCUGAUUCUGUAUUUGCAGAAAGGAUCAAAUCUCGAGUUAAGAAUUGGAUAACUGCUUGCAAAGACACAAACAAGAAGCCUGAAGAUGCUCUAAUCAGUUCCUUGAGAAAAAUUGUCACGGGAGAUGACGUAUAUGGAUCCAGACCUUGCUUGAGCAUAGAUGUCUGCAGUGAACGUCAAGUGCGUCUUGUGAUGGAGACACUGAAGAAUUUUGUUGACGUCAUACCUUUGCUAAACCCAGCAAAGGGAGGAACAAUAAGGCCUGUUCGAGUUGUUUUGACAAGUUCAGAAGAAGACAGGAUUCUUUUACAGAAGGAACUUCAAAAUGAGGAGAAGGAGCAUAAUAAACGCCUCCGUGGCUUUCGAGAGGUGAUCGAUUUGAUUUCCGCUUCUCAGAAACCUGUUGUUGCCCACAACUCUCUUAAUGAUUUUACUUUCGUUCAUUCCAAGUUCUUAGCUGCAUUGCCAUCAACGCUGGAAGAAUUCAGAAGUUCAUUAUCUUUGGUCUUCCCGAAUGUACUUGAUGUCAACCAUCUUAUGAAGGAAAUCAGCCCUCAGACAAAAGUGAACAAUUUGCCUGCAUGUAUCUCAUAUUUGAAACAACGGUUUUUUGCCCCUAUUGAUAUAGAGAUACCUAACCAAGCUGAGGUGAAUGAAGUGAAGACUCUUGGACAUGAUGCUGUGAAGAUAAGCCAAUUGUUCGCAAAGCUGUGCUCCAUAUUGAAAAUUGCUCCAAGAACUCCUGAAGCUGCUGUGGGCCAUUUGCCUGAUGCAAUUGAAUGCUACACAAACUCGUACUGCCCUUGCUUUACCAGUUCUCAUGGUCCCGCUGAUGUAGAUGUUAGUGUGAGGACUAACAAUACUAGAAAGAUCAGUAGUAAAAAUCUAGUUUUCCUAUGGGGAUUCAGGGAUGUUACAUCUGCAGGAAAGCUGAAGAGCCUCCUAUGUGGUUCACAUGAAGUUCUCCAUGAGUUUGAUGUUAGGAUGGUGGAUAAAAGUUGUGCAGUGGUUGCUUUCAGGAAUCCUGGUUUUGCGGAAGUCAUGUUGCAGCUAAUGGACUCUGGAGGAAUUUGCACUAAUAUCCUGAAGGAGAUGCUGGCAGACGGCCUGACAGCUGCAGGUUAUGAGACCUACCAGAAAGUCUGUGAGUUGGGUCUAUGGGAAGCAGAUUUAGCAAGUUCCAUGGGAAAGGCUUUGGAAGAAAUUGAGAGCUUCUCAGAAACACAGUCGAAAGAGCUGUCAGGGAUGUGUUGGAAUGAUGAUGAAAUGAUUAACCUGGAUGACCUUUAAGAUGCUUCAUAAAUCUGAAUCAUGUAUACCAUUACCAAAGCCAAGACUGACUGAUUUUAGUAUGCCGGCUUUCAUCAUGUAUGUUUUGUUGAUUGUCCUAGUUGCUGCCAUUAAAGAUGUAUGCAGGAAUGAAAUUGAUAGUUGAUGCAUCAAAUGGAGAGAGUGGCUUUUUGGUGGCUAUCAUGGCAAACUAAGCCAUUGUAUAUAAGUUGACGUGUUCUCUUGGAUUUAUGGCAUUUGCUUCUAAAGAAAAUUACGUUUUAGCUGACAAGGAGAUCGCGUCCUGUAUUUUUUUGGACAAUGAGAUCAGAGGAUAGCUGGUUUCCGGAGGAUACUGAAGUAGAGUGGCAUUAUUUGGUGUAUCGAAACGAAGAGAUAAUAUUUGAUAUGGUCACUUCGCUAAGGGUAGUUAAAUUCUAGACCCCUAAUAUUGUUUACCAUGUUUUCAAGAAAUUGGUUCACCCUCAUUCUUGUAUCAUGAACUUUUCUGCUAAGGUGAGGUUGCUUUGAAGA